UAUAACUCGCUAGUAAAAAAAAUUAAAGAAAGAAACCAAGAGAAAUUAGAAAAAAUAAAACAAAAAACCAAUAGUAAUAAUGACAAUAAUAAUGCGAAUCAUAUGAAUGAUAAUACAGACAAUAUCAGCAGUAAUAAUAAUAAUAAUAAUAAUAAUAAUAAUAAUAAUAAUAAUAAUAAUAAUAAUAAUAAUAAUAAUAAUAAUAAUAAUAAUAAUAAUAGUGAAAGCGAUCAAGAACAAACAUUUAUUAUAAAAUAUAGAGAAGAUGAGGACCGAACAGAAGAAAAAGAAAAUAAUGAAAUUGAAUCAAUUAAGAAUAGUUUACUAUCGACCUCAAUAAAAAUUUCAGACCAAUUCAAUAUAUUAGAUUAUAAUAAAGACUAUUUAUUUAAUAAUUUAUUUGAAAACAGUAGUUUAAAAGUUGGCAAAAUCGAUUCAUACCAAGUUUUAUCAGGAGAAAACUCACCAAAUAAAAUAUACCAUUUAGAUAUUAGAUCAGAAGAACCUAUACAGUACAAACCUGGCGAUUAUGUAUCAAUACUAUGUCCCCAAGAAAUAGAAUUGGUAAAUAAAUUAAUAAAGAGAUUAAAAAUAGACCCAAACAAAGAAAUUAAAAUUAUAAUAAAUAAUAAUAAUAGUAAUAGUAAUAAUAACAAAAAUAAUAGAAAUAACAAUGGUAGUUUAAAUAAAUUUAAUCACUUACCAAGUAAAAAGUAUUGCAAAAUCAUUGAUAUUUUUACAUGGGCUGUUAAUUUAUGUUUUAUACCUCCACAGUUUUUUUUAAGGGUGAUGGCUGAUUACUGCACUGAUCAAGAAGAAAAAAAAAAACUUCUUUAUUUAUCAUCUCCCCAAGGCCAGCAACUCUACAGCCAAACCAUUGUUGCACACCAAAUGAACUGGGUCUCUUUAUUAUGCAAAUUCAAAACAUGUGACUUGCCAUUAGAUGUUAUAUUAAUAAAUAUACCUCCACACGAAACAAGAAAAUAUUCAAUUUCAAGCUCGCCACUAUCAAUAAAUAAUAAUAAUAAUAACAAUAGUAGCUUAAUGACACAUAAUAUUCAUAUAACAUUUAAUUUAGUCAAAAUAGUUAACACAAAUAAUAGCGGUAGUGCCAAUAAUAAAAUAGUAAAAGAAAAAUUUGGACUAUGUACUCAUUGGAUGCACAACCAAAUUCAACUAUUUAAACACCUUGUUUCCAACAAUGAUAGAACAGAUCAAAAUAAACCAUCAAUUUAUCUUCCAUUUACUAUCGAGCCAAGUAAAGGUUUUAAUUUACCAAACAAUCUAUCAACACCAAUCAUUUUAAUAGCCACAGGUACAGGCAUAGCACCAUUUAGAUCAUUCCUUCAACAUCGUUACUAUCAAAUUCAAGACUCGAAAAUAAUACACAAAUCGAAUGAACCUAUUGGGGACUGUCUGUUAUUUUUUGGUUGUAGAAGAAAGGAUUGGGAUAGUUUAUACAAUAAUGAGCUAUUAGAAUUUGAAAAAGAUUCAAUUAUUUCAAAAUUAUUUAUUACGUUUUCUCAACAAAAUAAUAAUAAUAAUAAUAAUAAUAACAAUAACAUAAACAAUUCAAAAGUUUAUAUUAAUAAACUAAUUGAAGAAAAUGGUGAAUUAAUUUAUAAUUUAAUUGUAAAUAAUGGAGCAAUCAUUUAUGUGUGUGGGAAUAAGAAUAAAAUUGGAAAAUCAAUCAAUGAUAGCUUAGUAGAAAUAAUAAAAAAAUUCAAUUCGUUCAAUAUCAAAACUGAUCAAGAAGCUUCAUCACUAUUGGAUAUUUGGGCCUCUCAAGACAAACAUAAAAGAGAUGUAUGGAACUAA